AUGGAGGCAAAAAUAUUUGUGUUGUUGACUCUUUGUUAUACAGUGUCCAGUGUUCCCAUAAGCACUAAUUUCAUAUCUGAAGAAGUAGCUUCGAAUGAUCAUAUAAUCAUGAAGAGAUUCGUAAACCCUUCAUUGCCGUUGGGGGAAUUUUCAAGGGAUAGUCUCAGUCGAGUACGAACAAAGAGAAGUGAGGAAGAUGAAUGUGAAAAGCUCGAUUUAUGCAAGUUGCACGCCAGAUCCCAGCACAAUUUUAUAGCGGCAUUUCAAUUGUAUUUUGUCAACAAAGAGAACGCAAGGCUUUGGGACCAUCGGGCUCAUACAAUAUCGGACUGCUACCAACUCUACAACUGCUAUAGAUAA